AUGCCCACUCUGACCGCAUGGUCAAAACUAACAGAGCUCUCCCUGAGGCUCGCCCUCUCCUCUUUCCUCCUCUCCUCUCUGGCCUGGGCCGCUGACCUGCCGCCGGACGACUGCUUGCCGAGGCACUGCGGGAAUGGGGUCAACGUGAGUUACCCUUUCUGGCUGGACGGCUUCCAACCUUCCCACUGCGGUUUUCCUUCUUUCAAGCUCACCUGCCGGGCAGAUUUCCCAGUCGUCCGCAUCUUCGAAGAUGAUUACCACGUUCGGAACAUCUUCUACCGCAACCAGUCGUUCCUCGUCUCCAACGUUGGCCUCUCAAGCUCAACCUGCUAUGUGCCCCGCGAUAAUCUCUCGAUUACCGCCACUCCCUUCUCCAUCGUCCCGGCCCAGAGCAGCCUCUUCUUCCUCCUCGACUGUGAGCCGAAUUCGCAGCCUCCUGGUUACGUCCCCAUCAAUUGCCGUAAUGGAAGCAAGGGCCUGUCGUUCGUCGGUAGGGAUCAAGUGAACGCAUCGGCCUGUAAAUCUGUCAUUAGCUUCCCUAUAGUUGGCCUGGGGGAUGGCGGCCUAGAGAAGUAUAAUGAUGCCCUGGAUAUCCUGAAACCUUUGUCUUUCUCUCUCUAG